AUGGAAGAUUCCAUUCAGUUCAUGAGUGAAAAGUUCGAUGACCUUCUUAAACGAACGGAAAAUAACGAGCGCGAUGUCCUAGAUCUAAAACGGAGGGUAGAAAUGAUCGAGAGGCGGGAGGGUGAAACUGCCCAACUAAGCAGCCAAGUCGGUAAUCUUGAGUGGAGGAGCCGACGGCUAAAUCUUGAAUUUCAUGGAAUUCAACAAACGGCAAGGGAAGACUUGCUAGGGAAAAUAAACGAAAUAGCGGCGCAUAUCGAACUUCCACAACUUGUGGAAAGUGACAUAGUAGCACUUCACCGUCUGCCGUCUCGGAAGGAUAAGAUGCCGGUCGAAAUCUGUCGUUUCGCGACGCAAGCUAAACGAGAUGUCUGGUGGCAGAACAAAGAUAAAAUCCGCAAUUCUAGUGAUGAUUCAUACGUACUGGAAAAUCUAACAAAAAGAACGCGUGAUUUGUUGUUUGAGACAAAAAACUGGGCAAAGGUAAAUAACUUCAAGUAUGUGUGGCACAGCAACGGAAGGGUUCUUUUGCGCAGGAUUGACGGGGAACGACCACUGGUGAUCUCUUCUGUUUACGACCUUGAGAAACUGUAA